AUGGUCAGAAUCAGUCCAAGCAAGAACAAAAAUUUAAGUCCCAAUUCUGUUGGAAAAUUACAAUUUGCAUCUAUAGACAACUCAGAAGUUGAGCAUCAAUUGAAAAGAAUCAUCGACUCACAGGCUAGUCUAAGAAACAUUAUUAUUGGAGUUGACACUUCAGUCAAGCAAACACAAUUAGACUUAGAGAAUCUAGUUGAAAGAUCAUCAAACAACAACUCACAUUUGAAAGACUUGGUUCAAAAUGUAAAAUCAUCAGUUUCAACUCCCGACCAAAAUAUCUUGAGUAAGGAAGUCAUACAAGAAGUGAUGUCUGAAGCUUUAGUUCCCCUAAAGCACAAUACUGACUCUACAGAUGCUUUGAAGAAAGAUAUCAUCAAGAAGAUUGACCUAUUGGAUUCCAAAGUGAAUGGAGAGGAGACUCCAGCCUCAAAAUCUUUAAAAGAACUCAAGGACCACAUACAAAGCUUAUCAUCUCUGGUGCAUCAUAUCAAAUCACAAAAUUCUGAUUAUACAAGUCUUAUAACAACCCUAGGGGAAAAACUAUCCAACAACGAAAAUAACUUUACAGAGAGCAUAAAAGCAUUGACUGAGGAAUCCAAACGCGAAAUAUUGAACUCAAUUUCCACCAUUGGUGAUUCUAUCCAAGGUUUUGCUCCAAAAGAUUUUUUCGAUCAAUCUUUGAAAAAAAGUAAUGAGAUUUUAAAAUUUCUUGAAGGUCAAAAUUCAACAAAGUCUGAAACUCUAGAAGCACAAUUUCAUGGAUUACAAUCAUCUCACAAAGCAUUAACUAAGGAUCUAAAAGAGACCCUCAAUAACUCUCAAGACAAGCAUACAAAUCAUAUUUCAGAGUUGAUCACACUCAUAAACUCUUCGGAAGAGGAAUCAUCAAGAUCAAAAUUAUCAGAAGAGUCUAUUACUGACAAAAUCCUAAACUCAAACGCGGAGCUUUCAAAGGAACUUCAGCAAGAAUUUGUCAAACUUCAUGACCUUGCUUCAAAUAACCAUGAAAUCAUCUUAGAAUCUUUGAAAGAUGACAUUAGCAAGAAGCUUCUGGCGCUUGAAUCAAAAACUGAAACACUUGAAAAGGGUAUAAAUGAUUCUGAAGAAUCCAAGAAGCAUAUAAACAAAGAAAUUGAAAAUAGAGAUUUGCAGAUUCAGUUGAAAGACAAGGAAAUUGCAGAGCUAAAAGCUCAACUAGAUGAAAGAACAAAGAAGGAAGAGAUCAAUGAAUCAGUUAUUGAACUUUCACAAACGAAGGCAAAACUUGAGUCUAAAUAUGAUCAACUAGUUCAAUCUUAUCGUGAGAGAUAUUCUGAAUUCAAGGAGCUAUCGGGUGAUUAUGAUGCUUUACAAUUGAAAUUAUCCAAUUUGAGUUUGGAAAAGAUGAAAAAUGUACUAGGGGCUGCAACAUUGAUGAAAAUGUCUAAUGAAAAUAUCAACAGUUCUGACAAGGUUGAAUCACCAAAAAAGAAUGUUUUGGGGAGCAGAGUGUUAAGCACCAACUCUUAUCUAAACACAAAUCAACUUCAGCUAACACCAAAGAAGAAAUAUGAGUUCGAAACAACAAGUGAAGAGUUUGAAGAAAAGGAAAACAUUUGAUUCUAUCCUAAAAAUUUAGUUUUGAUGAUUUUGGUUAUUUGUAGUUGAGAUAUUUCGCGAAUGGCUAUUUGAGUAUGAUGAUAUUUUUUUUUUUGCCUACAAAAAAAUUAUUACCUGAUAACAAACAUUAAAAGCCAUCCACACUUUCCAUAAAUAUCAAGCGCU